AUGGCGUGUCCCUCUCAGGCAUUGUACGAUAUUUCCGGGUUUGGUGAAGGCUCCCGGGAGCUCUUCAUCAAAUCAGCUGUUACACAAGCCCACGAGUUCCCCUCCAGCCCUGACUAUGGUCAGAAUCUUCUCAAUGACCUGAACGAAUCCUGCACAGAAGAGGCCAGCACAGCUGAAGACCUUCGCCUGGAGCUGGACCAAUCAGAGCUGAAGCAGCGAGGGCUCCUAGAUAAAGUGCAGCAGCUGGGCGAGGAGGCUGCAGAGCUCAGGGAUGUAGUGGUGCAGCUCCAGAGUCAGCUGGAUGUGUCCCUCGCUGCCCAAGAGGAGCAACAGGGCUUGCAGGGAGAUCUGAAUGCUCUGCAGGGAAAAGAAGAGGCCCUGUCCAGAGAAGUGAAAGCACUCAGGACUGGGGGAAAAGCUGAACAACAACUGCUCCAGGAAAAGCUGGCAGCUGCUGAGGGGAAGAACAUGGAGCUCCUAGCCAAACUAGACGGGGUGCUGAGUGAGAAGGGCCAGCAGGCAACCAGUCACUUUGAUUCAGCUCAAAAGAUCCAUGAGUUACUGGACAGAUUGAAGGAGGCAGAGAGAGGGAAGAUGGAUGCUGUAGCUGAGGCAGAUGAGAAGAAGAGACAGGCAGAAAGGCUAGAGGAAGAGCUGACACUGAAGGAAGCGGCAGCAACGCGUGGCGAAACAAAGCUAGAAGCAUUGGUAACAUCUGCGUCUGAGGAGAAGGCCAAGUGGGAGGUGAAAGUGGAGGAACAGUGCAGCGCUCUUGAUAAGCUGCAGGGGGCUCUGACAGUGAGAGAGAAGGAGACAAGAUCAGAAGUCACUGCCCUUAAGGGGAAGCUCAAGGAGAAGGACGCACAGCUAGGAUCCAAGCACCAAAGCCUGAUCACAGAGAGAGACAAACUGACCCGUAACCUUGUUGAGCUGGAGGGUAACGCCAAAGAACAAGCAGCGAAGGUAGAAGAAUACAAGACUCAGUGUGGCAACUUAAUAGAGCUAAAUAAGAAAAUGCUAAAAACAGAAAAGAGAAACGAGGGGAUGAAGAAGGAGAUGUUAGAAAACAGAAAAGUGACCGAGACCGAAUUAGCUGCUCUGAGAGCUUCUGAGAAACAGCUUCGCGGCCAGAUGGACGACACCAAGAUGACGGUGGACGAAAAGGAGAAGCACCUGCGCGAGGAGAACCGCCAGCUGGAUGAGAGUCUGCAGAGAGCCAACAUGGCCGCCAAGCAUCUGGAGCAGGAGAACCAGAGUGUGAGGGAGGAGCAGGACACUGUGAAAGCAGCUCUCAGCCGUAUGCAAGCCGACCUGAAGAGUGUUCACGCGCAGAUCGGAGGGCUGGAGAAAAACUUAGGAGUCUCGCGUAAGAACGAAACCACGCUUCAAGAACAGCUCGGAGCCAAAGAGCAGCAACUAGAACACAAAGAGAAGAGUCUUGUUGAGCUGCAGUCCAGCUUUGAAUCUCUUGAAACCAGGGAGAAGGAGCUGGAGAUCGCCAAGUCGGACGCGGAAGCAACUUGUGCUAAACAGACCGAAAUGAUUGAAAGGGUUACCUCGGAGAAGCGAGUGAUGGAGACAUCUCAGCUGGAGAGGAGCGCGGUGCAAGUGAAGGAGAACCAGGAAGAGACGGGGAAACUGGAAGGCCAAUUGGAGGUGUGCAUGAAGGACGUGUCCAGGCUGCAGGCAGAGACCCUGGACCUCAGGGUGCGGGGACAGAGAUCUGAGGAAGAAAAAGUGAAAUCACAAGCACAACUGGAGGUGACGGAGGCCCAGAGAGACGAGCUCCGAGCUCUGACCGAGCACCUCAAAGCCCAGACCGAGGCACUGAACCAAAAGCACGUAGCAGAGCUCGUGGACUGCAAGAAGAAAGAGGGGGUUCUCAUUGAACAGCGGGAUAAAGAAAUAGCCGCCGCUGCAGAGUUGUCCAUCUCUGCAGCGGCCGUCCGCGAACAGCUGUCCGAACGCAAGGCAGAAAACAGCAGGCUGUCCUCGGAGAACGGCGAGAUACGAGAGGGUCUGCACAGAGCGAACACCGAGAUGGCAGAGCUUGGGAUCACCAUCUGUAAGCUGGGUGCAGAAAAGGAGGAGGCUAGAGAGCACUGGGCCGGGGACGCCGCCAGGAUCCAGGAGAUGGAGAAAGAGGUGGAGCGACUAGAAGAGAGCAUGGCGGAGAUGCAGCGGGAGAAUGCCAGACUCAGAGAGGAGCUGACAGAGAAGGAGAAACUUCCAGAGAGUAUCACGGAGCUCAAGAAGCAGCUGGACAACGCCAACAACCAAAUGCAGAGCGCCAAGGAGGAGGUGGAGGCCGCCAAGUUCCACCUGAGCUCUGAGAGCAUGAGUCAUCAGGUCCAGAUGAAGGUGAGUCGGUCAGAAGUGAGUCAGCAGGCACUUUGUCAUUAGAGUUGACAAGCAUUG